CUUCCCUUUUCCUUACGCACCCUCUGCAGAGCUUACAAAAACAACUCCGGUCUGGGAAACUCUUUAUUUCACAUCUCGAGAUAAAUGUCCACCACAUGGACACUACACCCACCACACCCCCCUCCAUCGACACAGUGCCUCCGAGCAGCGGGGAGGAGCAGCUCCCUCUCCCGCUGCUUGCGCGUCCCUCCAGCGGACCAGCUGGAUGCUGCGGUGUUUCUCUCUCUCUCUCUCUCCAUCUCUCCAUCUCUCCUCUGUGGAAAGCAACUUAAACCCGGGGGGGGAAACACAGGAGUGAAGCUGCGGAGGGGAGAAGCAAGAAACAUCAGGAUCGACUAAGUAGGACCGGGAGAGGAGGAGGGUGGUCCCCUGGCCGGAGGAGGAGAGCCUCCAGCCCGGAGGAGGAGAGCCUCCAGCCCCGCGGGGAAUGAGGACGCAUCCCGGUGGGAUUAAGAGCUUGAAACCCGGGUUGUUUCCGAGCCUCGGAGGGUCGGUGAUGGCGGGUGGAGGCUCCAGGGUUCAGCCACUCCAUCAGCCACUCCAUCAGCCGUCAGCAGCACCGUCAGCAGGAGCAGCAGCAUGAGGAGGAGGAGGUUAGACAGCAUGCACACAAAGGAGGAGGCGUCCCUUAUCAUAACCUGAAGGAGGCACGGCAUAGAGCAUGAGCCUUUGUUUGUCGACAGCGCCAGAGAAGUGCCAGGGAGAAGCCUCGAUGGCCACGGACUCAUCGCCCUCCUAGGACCAGGUGCCCUUUAAACCUGCUCCAAGCUGCACUGGUGGACUCAUCGUUCUCCACCAGGGGGCUCACUCCAACCCAUCUGCCAGCUCAGAUCCUCCUCUGAUCGUUGGCAACCACAUGUUCGAGGUGACUGUGUGUGACCGCCGCCGCCGCCCAUACUUGAGCAGCAGCAGCCUCCUGCGACCCCAAUCUUCACCAUGCAGUGGAGACGGCGGCACUGCUGUCCCAUCAAGAUGACCUGGACCAUCAAGCGUUCAGUCUUUCGGACCCACGUGACAGGCCUCCUCUCGCUGGCUCUGCUCUUCACUUUCUUCUUGUUUUUCAGCCACCAGGACUGGCUGCCGGGACGCAGUGGGCUCCGGGAAAACCCACUCAGUAACACACUGAAGGCCCUUCGCAGCCCCAAGGGAGACGGCAACCAGAGCAGCUCCCUGAGGAGCCUGUGGAGGGACGGGGGAUAUGUAGCGCCAAAGCCUCUGCUCAACCUCAGCUCUCAGCAGGCGGAGGGGGCGGCAGGAGAGAGAAUGGGUGUGAUGGGGCUUGGGGACACCAUGAGCACCAACAACAGUUUACAGAAGGAGAUGGGUGUAGGAGGGACACUCAGUGCUCAGCCCUACCGCUACAUCCUGAACGAGCCCUUCAAGUGCAGGGACACCACGCCCUUCCUCAUACUCGUCAUUGCUGCAGAGCCCAGCCAGGCCGAGGCCAGAAACGCCAUCCGUGCGACUUGGGGGAAUGAGAGUGUUGCAAUGGGCCUGGGGUUUGUCCGUCUCUUUCUGCUCGGAGUAGGAAAGAGCUCUGACACCGUCCUCCAGAGCAGCAUCGAGGAAGAGAGCCGCAUUCACCGUGACAUCAUUCAACAGGAAUACCAGGACACUUACUACAACCUGACCAUCAAAACCCUGAUGGGCAUGAACUGGGUGGCCACCUACUGCCCACACGCCUCCUAUGUGAUGAAGACAGACAGCGACAUGUUUGUCAACACCGAGUAUCUCAUCCAAAAGCUGCUGAAGCCCGAGCUGCCUCCCAAGCCUCGGUACUUCACCGGCUACCUGAUGAGAGGUUAUGCGCCAAACAGAAACAAGGACAGCAAGUGGUACAUGGCGCCAGAGCUUUACCCGAGCGAGCGCUACCCGAUAUUCUGCUCGGGCACGGGGUAUGUGUUCUCAGGGGACAUGGCCGAGCUGAUCUAUCAGGCCUCUCUCGGCAUACGCAGACUGCACCUGGAGGAUGUUUACGUGGGGAUCUGCUUGGCGAAGCUUCGCAUCGACCCGGUACCCCCACCCAAUGAGUUCCUCUUCAACCACUGGCGGGUGUCUUACUCCAGUUGUAAGUACAGCCACCUGAUCACGUCGCAUCAGUUCCAACCCAACGAACUCAUCAAGUACUGGAACCACUUGCAGAGCAACAAGCACAACGCCUGCAUCAACAUAGCCAAGGAAAAAAAUGGCAGAUACCGGAACCGAAGGUUUCAUGGAGAGAGGCCUCCAUGACGCCUCCUGUGACCGCCAAAAAACAAAGGGAGAUGGGCACACUGUAACUGCAGCCGUUGGAGGGCACAUGGAAUCUAGCACUAUACACUAUUUGGAGAAAAGCACAUUGUUUUUGGUAUUGUGUACAGUUGAUGAUCCAAACUAUUUUUUUAAUUUUAGGAAAAAAGGUAAUUAUGGUUAAAAGGUAAUUAUGGUGAACUAUUGGGGGUGAAGGACAUGUCUGUGAAUAUAUGAUAAUUCAGGUGCCAACGGGAACGUGGUGGUUCAUGCUAAUGUGUAGGUUCUCCUCCAAAGGGAAGUACAGUACGUCAAAAAAACAACAACUGUGACACAGUCGUGUUUACACAGACACAAAGGGAAAUGUAAGUGUAUUAUGUGGAAAGUUACACUACCUAAAUAUGAAUGAAAGUAUCUUUGACAUUGACCAGUGAUGCUGCCCUGUUUCUCAGUGUUUACUUUACAUAUUUAUCAAAGAACACGACUCUAACCAGAGGGGUUUAUCUGUCAUAUACUGUAUUUUAUUUUGAAAAAGAAAUCGACACAGAAGCACUCAGAAUCACGACAGAGAUGACUGAGAUUGUAUUUUUUAAAGCUUUACAUUGAUUAUGACUGCACUCGAGCAAAUGUGCAAUGAAUCAACUAACAAUUAAAUGUAUUGAAGUCA